AUGCCAAAUCUAUUGACCUGGAGUGAAAAGGAACAAAUUCGUCAUCUUGCUUCAACACAACCAGAUGAAUGGACACCGAAAAGAAUAGCGGAAAGCUUUCCCGUCACUGAAGCAGUUGCAAAGAAGCUACUAAAAUACCCAUGGAAACCUGCCACUGAACAAAGAAUAGCUCGUCAUGAUACUUCAGCUAUGAGAAACUGGAGGGAACUAAAAGAAGGAACUCUCGACAUACCAGAAGAUCUAAGACAACACUUUCUUAAAUUCUCUGAGCGUACAAUACCACCUCUUAAUAAAAAAUCCCUUAAAGUUGAAUUGUCAAGUAAAAAAAUGGGGGAAUUUGAGCAAAUUAUUCAAAAAUGUGCCAUGAAAGAAGAACACAAAGAAAAAUAUAGGGAAACCGAGACUGAGGAUCAAACAAUCAAAGAAAAUAAGACAGUGUCAAAGAAAGACAAUAAAAUGAUAACAUUAGAUGAAUUAACAAGAAAAAUUAAAGAUAGAUUAGAACAAGGAGACAAUGUCAACUUAAAUGACCACAUCAUUGUUGAAUCUAUAAAUACUUUAAAAACAGAAAGUGUGACUAGAGAAACAAACAGUACAGAAAUAGAAUUAAUUGAUGAAAAUAAAGAAACAUCUCUUACUAAUUUUAAUGAAAAUAAUGAAGAGGUUUUAAUUGACAACUAUCCAGAAAGAAUAAGAAUACCAAAAAAGGCUUACAAAAAAGGUGCUACAUAUAAAGUUAAUGAUUGUUUUUAUGACGAUGAUGGCCGGUUUCUGUAUAGAGUAAUUGGAAUGAGUAGCUGA